CAAUGGUUUUAGUAAAAUAGUAGUUGGAUUGUAGAUACUAGAAAAAGUUCAAAUCAAGAUAAUAAUAAAAUAUUAAUUGAUAAAACAAAUGAAGAUUCCAAUAAUUAAUAAAAAUUGUGAUUGACAUUGUUGUUGAAAUUAUCCAAAAUUACGGCAUUUAAAUAUAGGGCAAUUAUGAAUAACCAUCUAUAGAAAUUGCAUUUUAAUUUGUAAUUUUGCAUAGGUAAAAUUUUUUUUGUAGAAACUUUUAUUGAAUAAAUAGCAGAAAUAUAUUUAAUAAUUGUUCGCCUUUGACGUUACUGCCAAAUUAUUAGUUAUGUGGAAACACAAUUUAUGUAAUAGUAAAAAUUAAGUAAAUAACGAUAUCGCAAAAAUAAAAGAUCGUACAAAGAGACACCUAUCGAAAUAAAAAUACGCUUUAUGGAGUUGUUGCAUAUGUAAGAAGAAUAUAUUAAAUCAAACGAUUACAUAAACAGAGGUAAUAUCUGUAAUUUAGUAGAAGUAAUGGCUCCAACAAAGAAAAUAUUGAUAGGCUGCACUGGGAGCGUUGCAACAAUUAAAUUGCCGGAAUUAUGUGAAAAAUUACGUGAUCAUUGCCUUGAAUUUCGGGUCGUGGUAACAGAACGGGCUAAACACUUUUUGAAAGAAUCAGAAUUGCCUCCUGGAACUCAAAUUCUUUCGGAUACCGUUGAAUGGGCUGCUUGGCAGGAUCGUGGUGAUCCUGUGCUUCACAUUGACUUAGCAAAGUGGGCUGAUUUAUUUUUAAUUGCGCCAUUAGAUGCUAAUACACUUGGUAAAAUAGCUUCUGGUAUUUGUGACAAUAUACUUACAUGCGUCGCACGAGCUUGGGAUGUUAAAAAACCAUUAUUAUUUUGUCCGGCUAUGAAUACUAGAAUGUGGGAUCAUCCAAUUACAGCUCCACAGGUUGAACUGUUAAAAUCUUGGGGAUAUAAAGAAAUAAGUUGCAUUACCAAGACUUUGAUGUGCGGCGAUACAGGUAUUGGUGCUAUGGCAGAAGUCGAUACUAUCGUGCAAGCAACGCUCAGAUAUUUGAAUUCUUGGGAGCCCUACUCAUCGUUAGGUAGAAGACAUUAAUAAUGUAAUGAUUUCAUCGAAUACUGACUAAUACUGCUAUUAUUGAUUAAUGAAAUGUACGAAUACAUUGUAGCAAAUAAAAUAAAAUCUAUACGUUAAUUUUUUAAA